CCAGACAGACGGGCAGGACGAGCAGACAGCUGCCUACCAGACCGCGGCAUGGAGGCUUUGUGCGUGCGGGCUUCGGAGCUGACGCUGGAGAGGGAUGGUGGCGAGGGAAAGCUGGAGGCCUCUGUGGACUCCGCCACGGAGGAGGAGGAAAGUGAGGAGGACUCCGAGGCAGAGCCUCCGCCGGUUGUUCGCAGGAAGGUGUCGUUUGCAGAUGCUUUUGGCCUCGAUUUGGUGUCGGUGAAGGAGUUUGACAACGCGGAGGCCGCGGAGGCAGAGGAUUGCUGGCCUGAAGGGGGAGAUGGAGGCCGCUUGUCAGAGGAAUUGUACCUGACCUGCCUGUUUACGGUCCCACUUCCUCCAGAGGAGCUGGAUCUGAGGCUCCAGACGCAGAUGCUAGAGCUGGAGAGCAUUGAGCUUCUUCCGGGCACCACCACCCUGCGCGGCAUCAUCCGGGUGGUGAACCUCUGCUACGCCAAGAACAUCUACGUUCGGAUCACUCUGGACCAGUGGAGCAGCCACUUCGACAUGCCGGCCGACUACAUCCCCGGAUCCAGCGACAUGAGGACAGACAGGUUCACCUUCAGCUACACCCUGACUCCUCCCUUCGAGAAGGAAGGCAGCAGGGUGGAGUUCUGCCUCCGUUACGAGACGCCGGCGGGCACAUUCUGGGCCAACAACAAGGGAAUGAACUACGUCCUGUUCUGCCACCAGAAGCAGCAACGCGGGAAAGAGAAUGUGGCGCAAGACGAGACCAAAACCAAGAGGAGCUGCCUUAAAGCUCAGAGCAGAAGUGGGGGCGCAGAGGAAAAGACCAGGGAGCCUUUCGACUCGGCUUUGGUCCCUGCAGAGUCAGAGGUGAGACCUGGAGUCUAUACUUUUGACGGGAAGAAGACGGUAGAUCCAGAAUUCCUCCUUCGUCGUCAAGAAGAGAAAACUUUGGUGGAAAGCGUAAAAAGCAGGCGCAGGGCGGCCCGUUUGGCACGCGUGCAGGACUUCUUCUCCCAGAGGAGGCAGCAGCUACUAAAGGAAUGUCCUUGUGACUCAGGCAGCGGCCGGGAGGCUUCUCAAGCAGAGCCACCUCCGCGGAGUGACUGCCCCGGCGUUCUCCGUAAAUGCCCAAAGACGCGACUGCGCGAGAGUCCACAGGUGCUCACCUACCAUCAGAUCCCCCUGCUUCCACUGGACUGGAACAGUGACACGGCGCAGCAGUGGGGGCCCCCUGACGCGGGUGACAUCUGGACUGGGAGAGCGAAAAUGACUUUGUCAGGCGCAUCAGAACAGGAUCCAGCCUCCGCUAAUGAUACGUGGGAGCCCUUUCCCGACACUGCAGGCGGCAGCGACAAUAAAGCGGCGGCGGUGAGCGAUGUAUGGCAGGUUUUUCUUAAUGGGCCCAGCUGCAUGGGCCACUCUGAUGUUCCAGAGUCAGAGUGGCUCCAGACAGCGGCGUCGGUGUCUCCUUCAAAUGAUAAGCGGCCUCGGCUUCAAUAUUCAGCAGGAAGUCAGGAGUUUGAAGAGUUUCAGAUGGGCAAAAAUGCACUUGGCAACUUGCACACCUUAGCUGCGUGUCAGCCCCUCUCAGACUCCUGUGAGACGCUGUCAGCUACUGUUGCCUCAAACACUGAAGCUCGUCAGCCGGCAGAGGCGUGUGACAGCAGCCUGGGAGAUGACAGCGCAGCCGCACAAGAGGCACCCCAAAGGUCACAGACGGACUCGGAAACAGACACCGCACGGGAAUUUAGCCUCAAGAGGGCAGCGGCCGCGUCCAAGGACUCUGUCGGCAGUCCGGGCGAGUGUCACGAGCUCACUGCCUCGCAGCAGGAAGCAGGAGGGAUGAUGGGGGGAGGAAUAGGAGGAGAUGAGCCCUUCACAUUGCACACAGCUGAUUCGGUAACAAGCUCAGGGGAGCUGGAGACAACAGACAUGACAGCCGUGCCAGAGUCUCCGAAUGCCAGCGCCGAUGAUAGGAUCUCACAGGGAGCAAGGCAGGAUGAGGGUCUUUCUUCCAGAGGAGGAGGGGAGGUUACAGGUACCCCCCCAGACAAUGCGGCGAGUGACACGCUGGCAUUUAGGGAGACAAUCAGACAGGAGACAAAGGAUGCGGCGAGGUAUGUAUUUUCUGCAUCCAGACAAGCACUGGAGGAGGGAAUCACGAUGAACUACACUGAAAGGAAAGCAGAGAGCGGAUUAGAGGUAUUUAAGCAACGGGAAAUAAGGGAAUGUGGAAGAUGCCGAAGGUGUGGAGAUGAGAAAACCACGCUGAAGGUUGAAGGUGACGAUUUUGAUCCCUACCAAAUGACUCAACAAGAGUUUGAGCCCAUAGGAAUAAAUACAGAUGGAGGGAUGGAAGAGCAUAAAAAUGAAGAGGGGGAGGUUCUAUUGGUUGAUGGAGAACAGAUCGGGACUGGUACCAGAAUGGCACUAGAAGCUUCGUUUGGACUAAUGGGAAACAAAUCUGCAAAGCUUGAGUCCUGUGACGUACCAUCAAAGCCCAACCAACCAGGUGGGGGUCAAGGAGAUCAGCUGAAAUCUGAAACAGAUGAAGAUGUCGUUAAAACAUCAGAAGAGGCGAGUUUAGGACCCGGUGGGAAAUCAGUGGCGGAAGCAAAGCCUUCUGAACGUUCAACCACUGAAUCGACGCAGAUUAACAAGAUCUUUCAAAUCAAUCGAGAUACAGUCGGACCUUGUUUGGUGGACAAACUCAACCUCGACCCUUCAGAAGGGAAAGAGCUGAGAUGGGCCGUCUUAGGGCGAGAUCUGAGGGGUCAAAAAGAGGACGUAAAGAGUGAAAAAAGCUCCAGAGAAGUCACAACACAGAAGAGUGAAGCAAAGAGAGGCUCUUCAGCAGACAGAAUGGAAGAAGAUACGAGUCAGGAAAAUGAGAGGACGAGCACCGGAGAGCUGACAACGGAGGGAACGAGGGAGUUGGAGGUGGAGAGCCCUCAGAAGUGGCAGCAGGGGUAUGUGACGGAGGAAGAGGAGUUGUCAGCAGAAGUUGAGGGCCCUCCACGUGAACGUGAACAAGCGUCAGAUGGAACGAAAGACCUGAUAACAGCAGAAAGCACGGAGCUCGUGGAGAGAUUUGGUGAAGACUUGGUGAGGAGGAUUUUGGAGGAGGUCUUUGUUCAACAAGUGAAGGCUUCCAGUGGAAGUACAGCGGAUGCCAUGGGGGGAGGGGUGACAGAUUGCCAACUUUUGGAGAAAGAUCCCUUCGACACUUUUUGCUCUGACCAGACGGAUUGGAGUUUUCGUCAAGGCGUGGAGGAAAGUCAUACGAUGCAGAGUAGCUCUCUAGAACCGAGAAGUCAAUCCUACUUUCCCUGCAAACGCCAGGACACCCCCUAUUUAGCUCCUCCCACUGAACAAACGACCCAAGCAUUGACGAAAUCAAAACAAUCCCACGUCCUUCUAUGGUGGUCUAUAUUAUACACCAUCGCUCACAUUACCAGACUGAUCAUCUGCACGCUGCUGGUUAGUGGAUUCUUUCUUGUCAUUUUCCUCUAUGAUUUCCCAGCAUUCUUUGCUCUCUAUGUCUUUUCAAUGUGCUGGUGGAUCUUUAAGUGGAAGAGACACCAGAAGGAGAUGAACAAAGGAGUCGCUGGGUAGACAAAAGCGGAAAUGUCGGCGUAUUGUCAACCAACAAUUUGGAAUGCUCACUUCCUGUGUUUUUAUGAAGAGUGGAGUCAGAACUGUACUGAUGCAAAAUACCAUGUGGCUUAAUAUUUGACUAAGGCCGUGUCACACAGCCCCUAUGUACAUUUUGCGCCUAUUGCACAGAUAUAAAUUGGUCAUACAAGGAAAAAAUGAGAGAAGUUGGGAUCUUUUCGUGAAUUGUUCACAAAUGAAUCACGAACGAACCACAUUUGAACAAGGGAAAAUUACGAAUAAACCACGCAAAGAACACGUUAGUAAUGUAGAGCAUGGACUGUGUGACUAUUGCGCUAUUUGAAAUUUAUUUGUGCAUGAUUUUAAUGUGAUAUGUGCGCGGUAUGCGCAAUAUGAAAAAGAUUCAUCAGUGGUACAGGCGUGAAAAGUCUGUUAGACAGGUCAUGGAAAGCCACAAAUUUUCACAUGCAAAAAUCACGUACAAUUGUGUAAGAAACUAAAUGAAAAAUACACGUGAAUUCUCAACCAACCAAAAGUUUUGAACAGCUUAAUUCCGAAUUGACGUAAAGACCCGUCAGCCAAAACCCUCAAUGGACAUCUGUGCACAUCGACGAAUGACAAACGCAGAAAACACGUAUGAAUGACAUACAGCAUAUCUUCCAUGUAUCGUGAAAGACCGCAAUUUCAUACGUGGAAAACGCGCAAAAUGUACGUCAUGGAUGUGUAACUCGGCCAUUAGGACACUGUUGUGUGAUGUUUUACAGUAGCUAACUAGCAAACCCACAUUUCAAUCAUUUAGUCGCGCAUAAACACCAACAUUCAUUUUUAAAUUUGUUGAACAUGUUUUGAAUGUAAGUGGAUUUAUUUUUGCUCCCUCUGUCUUUCUCUCUUACUUUAUGAGCAGCUUCAAUUAUCAACCUUUUUCUGUCAACUAGCAAAAACUGACGUUUUUUCAGCAGACUCCUGGCCGGUUGAACCCACCCGAUUUAAUGCGCUUUAUGCGUGUGUUUUAAUUGUUUGAUGUGUGUGAUGUCAUUUCCUGUGUUCCAUGGGUCCAGUGGCACAUCACGACAAACCAAAUGGAACAAAGGGACUUCCUUUUUCUUUAGUUGUCGUCAAUAAAGAAAACACGUUUUUUUUAAACUAUUUUAA